AUGAUGAAAUCAAAUGAUACAAGAUUCAAAUUGAAAAAGACUGGACAUUCAUGGCAAGUAGAGGUAGCCCAACCUCUAGAUUUUGAUAGAGGACAAAAGAUAUAUUAUUUGAAUGUGACAGCUGAGGAUAAAGGACCACCAUCUUUACAUAGUUCUGUUUUGGUUGAGGUUGUGGUAAUUAAUAUAAAUGACAACGAACCAUACUUCAUAAGCUCCCCUUACACCUUUUCAAUACCUGAGGACAUAGAGACGAAAGUUCUGAUUGGUCGUGUGAUGGCUGAGGAUGUGGACCAUGAUAAACUUACAUUCUCUGUCACUGGUUCUGAUUUUAAAGUUGAUAAUGUGACUGGAAAUCUUUACACCAAUGCUGUGUUUGUCAACAAACUGAACUCACUGUAUUUCCGUGUUAGUGUAUUUGAUGGAAAACAUACUACUACUUCCAAUGUAACAGUCCACAUUGAAGAUGUCAACAAUAAUGUUCCAAACUUUCUUAAUUCAUCUUACCAGUUUAAUGUGGUAGAGAAUGUCAAUAAUACUCAAAUUGGAAAAGUACAGGCAAAAGAUUCUGAUAGAGGGAACAACAGUAAAAUCCAGUAUAAACUUCUGUCAUCAGAAUGGGAUCAUAAUUUGAAUGUUGAUAUUCAAACUGGUGCCAUAUCUGUGUCUGGCUCAUUGGACAGGGAACAGUUAGACAGUACACAUGGUAAAAUAUAUUUUGUUGUCAUGGCAAUAGAUCAAGGAACACCUUCAUUGACUGGAACAUCUGAGGUCAUUGUAGAGGUCAUGGAUGUUAAUGACAAUUGUCCUAAAUUCCCUGGAGAUGGUAGAAAAUAUACCUACAUAAUUACAGAAUUAACGAAACCAGUCAAUUUCCAUACUGCAGAGGCCAUAGACAAAGACAGUGAUGUUAGUAACAACAAAAUAGAAUACAGUUUAACAAGUGGUGGAUCGUACUUCAUGAUACACCAAAAUGGCAGUCUCUCAGCAAAACACAAUCUUAAAAUGGAAAACACUACCAAUGGAAAGUUUAAGAUUGUUAUAAAUGCCAAAAACAGCAAAUUUUGUGGCCAUAUUUCUGAUGCUUCACAAGAAGUUGAAGUUGUAUUGGAGGAUGUGAAUGACCAUUUUCCCAUUAUGGCAAAGAAGAUAUUUUCAAUUAAUUUACCAGAGAGCUUUUUAACAGGGUCAUCCAUCAUGAACAAACAAAGAAUAAAAGCUACUGAUGCUGAUACAGAUAAAAGGUACAACACUGUAACUUACUGGAUAACAGGAGGGAAUAACAAUAGUACAUUUGUGAUAUACCAUUAUACUGGAGAUAUCAUCCUGGCCAAACAACUGGAUUAUGAUGAUGGUGGACAGAGGUCUUACACAUUGGAGGUUUCAGCCAUUGACUGUCUGGACUCUGUAGACGGACAUUGUAACCAUAGUGACACAGCUACUGUCAAAAUUGGUGUCGCAGAUAUUAAUGACAACAAACCUACCUUCACCAAAGAUGUGUAUAGAUGUACAGUUUCAGAGAACAGUACAGUUCCUAUAGCUGGAUGUAACCUUAUUGUUACAGACUUAGAUACAGGCAUCAAUGGACAAUAUGAUGUGUCUGUGAAGAAUGAUACAAGAUUCCAAAUAAAGAGGACCGGAAGUUUAUGGCAAGUAGUGGUAGUCAAAGCUCUAGAUUUUGACAGAGAACAAAAGAUAUAUUAUUUGAAUGUGACAGCUGAGGAUAAAGGAACACCAUCUUUACAAAGUUCUGUUUUGGUUGAGGUUGUGGUAACUAAUAUAAAUGACAAUGAACCAUACUUCAUCAGCGCCCCUUACACCUUUACAAUACCUGAAGACAUAGAGACAAAUGUUCUGAUUGGUCGUGUGAUGGCUGAUGAUGUGGACCAUGAUAAACUUACAUUCUCUGUCACUGGUUCUGAUUUCAAAGUUGAUAAUGUGACUGGAAAUCUUUACACCAAUGCUGUGUUUGUCAACAAACUAAAUUCACUGUAUUUCCAUGUUAGUGUAUUUGAUGGUAGACAUACUACUACUACCAAUGUAACAGUCCACAUUGAAGAUGUCAACAAUAAUGUUCCACACUUUCUUAAUUCAUCUUACCAGUUUAAUGUGGUAGAGAAUGUCAACAAUACUCAAAUUGGAAAAGUACUGGCAACAGACUCUGAUAGAGGAAACAACAGUGAAAUCCAGUAUAAACUUCUGUCAUCAGAAUGGGAUCAUAAUUUGAAAGUCAAUAUUCAAACUGGUGCCAUUUCUGUAUCUGGCUCAUUGGACAGGGAACAGUUAGACAGUACACAUGGUAAAAUAUAUGUUGUUGUCAUGGCAAUAGACCAAGGAACACCUUCAUUGACUGGAACAACUGAGGUCAUUGUUGAGGUCUUGGAUGCUAAUGACAAUUGUCCUAAAUUUCCAGGAGAUGAUAGAACAUAUACUUAUCUAUUGACAGAAUUAACAAAACCAGUCAACUUCCAUACAGCAGAUGCCAAAGACAAAGACAGUGAUAUUAGUAACAACAAAAUAGUAUACAGUUUAGCAAGUGGUGGAUCUUACUUUUUAAUGCAUCAAAAUGGCAGUCUCUCAGCAAAACACAAUCUUAAAAUGGAAAACACUACCAAUGGAAAGUUUAAAAUUGUUUUAAAUGCCAAAAACAGCAAACCUUGUGGCCACAUUUCUCAUGCUUCACAAGAAGUUGAAGUUGUAUUAGAGGAUGUUAAUGACCAUUCUCCCAUUAUGACAAAGAAGAUAUUUUCAGUUAAUCUACCAGAGAGUUUUUAUACAGGGUCAUCCAUUAUGAACAAAGAUAGAAUAAAAGCUACUGAUGCUGAUACAGAUAAAAGGUACAACACUGUAACUUACUGGAUAACAGGAGGGAAUAACAAUGGUACAUUUGUGAUAGACCAUUAUACUGGAGAUAUCAUCCUAGCUAAAGAACUAGAUUAUGAUGAUGGUGGAAAGAAGUCUUAUAAGUUGGAGCUCUGUUCCUGCUAA